GGGAUGAAUCUGUCCGAUGAGUCCUCCUUCCAAGAGGAGUUGCUGCUGGGUAACUUCACCUUGGCGUACUCCUACUACCACCAGAACUACACCCUGGGCCCCCCGCUGCACUCAGACAAGACCGGCACGUCCAAACCUGCGGCAUGCGAGCAGGUCCACAUCGCUGUGGAGAUCUUUCUGAUCCUGGGUAUCAUCUCCCUGCUGGAGAACAUCCUGGUCAUCACAGCCAUAGUGAAGAACAAGAACCUCCACUCCCCCAUGUACUUCUUCGUCUGCAGUCUGGCAGUAGCGGACAUGCUGGUGAGUGUGUCCAACGCCUGGGAGACCAUCAUCAUUUACCUCCUCAACAACAGGCAGCUGGUGGUGGAGGAUCACUUCAUCCGGCAAAUGGACAACGUGUUUGACUCCAUGAUCUGCAUCUCGGUCGUGGCGUCGAUGUGUAGCCUGCUCGCCAUCGCUGUGGACAGGUACGUCACUAUCUUCUACGCACUGAGGUACCACAACAUCAUGACAGUGAGGAGAGCCGGAUGCAUCAUCGGGGGAAUUUGGACGUUCUGUACGGGCUGCGGGAUCGUCUUCAUUGUCUACUCAGACACCACCCCCGUCAUCAUCUGCCUGGUCUCCAUGUUUUUUGCCAUGCUGCUCAUCAUGGCCUCCCUCUACAGCCACAUGUUCAUGCUGGCGCGUUCCCACGUCAAGCGCAUCGCCGCUCUGCCCGGCUACAACUCCAUCCACCAGCGAGCCAGCAUGAAGGGGGCCAUCACGCUCACCAUCUUGCUGGGGAUCUUCAUCGUCUGCUGGGCUCCCUUCUUCCUCCAUCUGAUUCUGAUGAUCUCGUGCCCGCGGAACCUCUACUGCGUGUGCUUCAUGUCCCACUUCAACAUGUACCUCAUCCUCAUCAUGUGCAACUCGGUGAUUGACCCACUGAUCUACGCCUUCAGGAGUCAGGAGAUGAGGAAGACUUUUAAGGAGAUCAUCUGUUGCUACAGCCUGAGAAACGCAUGCACCAAUAUCUGCGCUCUGACGGGUAAGUACUGA